AUGAGCUUUGAGGACUUUAUGAAGUAUUUUGAGAAGAUGGAGAUUUGCAAUCUUGGACCUGAUGUUAUGGAUGAAGUUUACCAGAUGACUGGAGUACGAGCCCCUGGAAUGGUAUGGGCAGCAAACACCCACGAUGGAGCUUGGAUCGCUAAUCAAACAGCUGGAGGCUGCAGAAACUACAUCAACACUUUCGCAAAUAAUCCUCAAUACCGUGUACAGUUGACGGAUUCUGAUCCCGAUGACGAUGAUGAAUUGUGCACUGUCAUCUUUGCUGUUAUGCAAAAAUAUCGAAGAAAUUUGAAAGCUGAAGGCUUAGAUAAUGUUCCUAUCGGUUUCGCCGUCUACGACAUGAUUUCAUUACUAAGAUUGCGAAGGAACAGCUGA